CAAGGGGAAGCGAAUUAACGGAACUUUGGUUUGCAUGUUGCUCGCGUAGCCUGUUUGUGCUUGUUUAUGUGUGUUUUUUUUUAAAUUCAACCAACGCGCAAUUACGCUGUCGAAAUGAAUUUGCAACUUCUAGAUCGGCAGCUGUCCGAGAUGGGCACCAAGUCGGAUUUCUGGCUAAAACAAGCGGUACCGUUCAAGCUUGCGCAACCAGAACCAAAGAACGGAACAGAUGCCGCUGAAAAUAUUCAUCGUUUCAAGCAUGAGAGGUCGGCAGCCGAUCUGCCGGACUACGAGCCGAGUGAGAAAAUGUUGCAGGCUCUGGCGAACAAUUUCACCGACGCAGAGUUGAAAGACAAGGACGCCAUCUUUGAGCAUUAUUUGAGUACCGAAAAGUUGGAGUUUUACAAUGCGUCCUCGGUGAUGCUGAAGCUGCUCACCAUCGAGGAUGUGACCACCAUGAAGCUGUACUCGCAGCUCAUCGAGCCGAAUGUGGUGAUUCACAAGACAAAAGGAAAUAUGUUUAAAGCCGCGCUCACCUCUACAGCUUCUGUUAAUGCCGAGGAAGUGGUGUCCCCGGGAAUCGACGAGGUUGUUUUGAUACCCAAGCGCAGUUUAAUUGCCUCGCCACUGCCAAAAGAACUCAUAUUGGCACUGAUUCCCCACCCGCAUGAGGAAUUGCCGCUCAAAGAUCCGAUGCGCCGCUUUGUGGCCAGUGUGGAGCAGGUCUCCCGCACCAGUGUCCACUUCAAGUUCUUCCGUAGAGGCAUUCCGGACGACACUAAAUGGCUGUCGCAACGCUAUCAUGUCAUCCUCCGCUCCACGCGUAUCCCGAUUCGGUACAUGUACCGCGCUCUGAACAAGCUCACGGAGAUGCCAGGACUCCGGCGUUAUCUGUUUCCCUUUCCAGAUUGGCUAACCACAAUGAUAGCAACCUCGAAGAUUGAAUUGCAUGACUGCAAGCUUCCCACUUGGAUGCAGAUUGGACCGACGCCGCCGCCGGCCCCCCCAGCAGAGAUUUGCCUGCUGAACAAGACCAUCAGUGACAACAAAGAACAAUUGGAUGCGGUGCAGAGGAUUGUGGCCGGACCCAGUUCCAAAGCUCCAUUCAUAGUGUUUGGGCCACCAGGCACUGGCAAGACCACAACCAUUGUGGAGUCUAUUCUUCAGCUGCGCCUUAAGAAACCACAAAGCCGCAUCCUCGUUGCAGCCGGUUCGAACUCGGCCUGCGACACUAUUGCCAUCAAACUGUGCGAGUACAUCGCUGAUAAUCUUCGGCUCGUGCAGCACCAACUUCUCUUGGGGUAUAAGCCGCUGAUCCGAAUCUAUUCACUCACCAUAUUCAAGAAGGGACUGAAAUCGGUGCCGCCGCUGCUGCUGAACAACUCCAAUUGCUCGGGCCAUGUCUACGAGCAUCUAAAAAUAGGGGAGGUGAUGCAGUAUUCAAUCAUUGUGGCCACACUGGUUACUGUGGGCCGCCUGGCGCACACUGGCUUUGGUAACUUCUUCACUCACAUAUUCAUCGACGAGGCCGGAGCCACCACCGAGCCGGAGACACUUAUGGGCAUUGUCGAUGUUAAGCAGAGCAACGACUGUCAUGUGAUUCUGUCCGGAGACUACAAGCAGCUGGGUGCAGUGAUCAAAAGCGGCCGUGCUGGGUCCCUUGGCCUGAAACACUCCCUCAUGGAGCGACUGCUGACUGGCUCCGAUUGCUACAAGCUGGACGAGAAUGGCAACUACGAUCGCACCCUUCAGAUACGUCUGCGCCGCAACUAUCGCUCGCAUCCAGAGAUAGUGCGUCUCUUCAACGAGCUCUACUACGAUGGUGAGCUGAUCGCACAGGCUGCGGACGCACAGGUUAAUGUAGCCGCCGAGUGGGAUGUGCUGCCCAAUGGCAAGUUUCCCAUCAUCUUUCAGGCCGCACACGGAGUCACCAAAAGGGACGAACACACCACCAGCUCGUUCAACUAUCUGGAGGCGCAGGUUCUCUGCUGGUAUGUCAAGCGCUUGCUAAAACAUGGCCUCGGCCCAAAUGUAGCUGUGAAGCAGGAGGACAUAGGCGUGGUGGCUCCAUACACGUCGCAGGGCAGCCUUAUAUGUCGAGUGCUCGAGCGGCAUGGCUUCGGCUCUGUGGAAGUUGGCAGCGUGGAGACCUACCAAGGCAGAGAGAAGCUCAUCAUAAUUGCCACGCUGGUGCGUUCCUUCAGCUCCAUGGGCUUCAUGAGUAACCCGCGACGCAUCAAUGUGCUCAUUUCGCGUGCCAAGGCGCUGCUCAUACUCAUUGGCAAUCCCGUCACUCUGCGCCACAAUCAUGACUUUAAGUUCAUCAUUGAUGAGUGCACUAAACAUCAAACUUAUCUCUUCAAGAAGAAGAGUCCGAGUUUCAGCCACUCGGAUGACGGCACAAAAGAGAACACUGCAAAUCCGCCCAAUGCUAAGCUUAAAGCCAAGAAAGUGAUGACGGGAAUGGAUGGACUCUCCUUGCCCGCCAUUUGUGCCACAAUGAAUGGCUUAAAGAUAUCCUAGAGCUGCACUCUUCACCUCACUGACUUGAAUCAAAUCUAAUCCUUGAAAGAUAUAAGUUAGAACGUAAGCACUCAGCCUCUGCCCAGAAUGGCUGCUGUAUCUCCACUGAUUAUGAAAAUUUCAAGGCCUAGCGUCUGCACGAAUUUGUUUGUAACCAUUUACGUUUAUGUUUAUUAUAUUUUAAGUUUGUUCUGUAACAAUGUACGGCCCUUGCGGUCUGUGAGGCUAAUAAAAGUACUCCAUUUAUUUCACUGUAAAUGAGAGGAAAAGAAUAUGUAUUAUUUGAUAAAUGUAUUAGAAUUGAGCAUAGAGAAAUUCCUCUGACCAAAUGGAGCAGUUCCCAUGAAUGAAUGUCAACCGUAUUGUGCAAGCAUUAUCGUUUAUAGUUUAUAUUUUAAGCAGUGUCUCUCUAUAUAUGUAAUUAGUAAUCAGAUUAAAAAGAAUACAAUACAAUGGAGUGGAGUGGAGUGGAUCCGCCUGCGUUAAGUUUCGAAUAUAUUUUUUUCAAUCGUUCUUUGAAUUUAGCUGUCGUUUAAAUUCGUUCAGUCUUUGUUAAUCAUCAACUUUACUUGGUUAAAGUGAUUAAUGGUUUACGUUUUCAUAUUUUUUGUGACAAAGAAAUGCAAAUGCAAAAAAAGAUAAAUUAAUUCAAUGAAGUUCUGCUGCAGAUGCGCAAUGUUUGGUUUUUUGUUCGUUUGAUAUACAAAAUUGUGUGUUGCCUUUUUGGUUUUUAUAUAAUUAUUAUAAUAAAAUAUAUGUAUGUGUUUAUAUAUAUUAAAUAGUAUUAUUAAUAUUCUGUGUGUUCAGCGCUCUCCUUGGCUGCUUCUUUCGCGUGUAAGUGACUACAUUUG